GCAGUACCUCCCCCGGUGUUGCCUUGUAACGUGAACGAGCCGCACUUUGUUAUUCCCUUUUUUUUCUUCAUCGUGGACAAAUCUCGGUGAAGAUCUCGCGAACGGCGUUCCAUUGCGUUCCGUUUGUUUGAUGCGCUGGUGAUGAUGGGACGCGGUCUUUCACUCACUGAAUCAAAGCCGACUGGAUGAAAUACCGAUUUAUAUAUUUUAAAAAGGCAUUUUGCUGACUUCUGCAUUUCUUGCCAAAUGCUUGCAGGCCCUGGUGGAGCAGUGUGAUGGGCCCCAUUCCCCUGUGUCUGCUGCUCUGUGCCCUGCCCCUGUGUGUUCCUAUCUGGGGGGCCACGGUGACGAUGACGACGAUAAAGAGUAUGGCUGGUCCGUGCAGAGUAUCCCGUUGAUUCUGGACAGGCACACAGUGCAUCUGCGGACUUCCAAAUUUGGGGGGAAGGGUGAUGGGGCAUGUGGGGAUGCUCCCACAUUUGGGGGGAAGGAUGAGGGGGCAGAUGGGAGGGAGGGGAUGUGUAGGAUAGAGUGUCAGAGCGCUCUCUCCCCUCCCGACCAGGCCACGGUGGAGAGCAUGCUGGGAUAUGAGACAGUGUACGAAAACGGCACGCGCACAUACACCGAUGUCACACUGCAGGGCCUGAAUGAGACGACUUCACGCACACCCUCACACACUCGCAGGAAACGUCAGGUGUACGGCUUAGACGGGCGCUUUGUCAUCUCAGACAGCCACUUUACCACCAACUACCCGUUCUCCACGGCGGUCCGCCUGUCCACGGGCUGCUCCGGGGUCCUGGUGUCUGACAAACACAUCUUGACGGCAGCCCACUGUGUCCACGACGGGAAGGACUACCUGCAGGGGGUCCGCAGGCUGAAAGUCGGGGUCCUACAGGUCAAAUCUAAACGAGGUAGGGGGGGGGGAGGAGGAAGGGGGGGGGAGGAGGAGAGGUGGGAGGAGAGGAGGAGAUCAGAGGGAGGUGAAGAAGGGAACACAGAGAAGGAGAGGAGAGAGGGAGGGGGUAGGCAGAGAACGAGGGGUAGCAGAAGUAGCCGUGUACAACGCAGCACAGAAACUAAAAAGCAGCCCUCCUUCCGCUGGACACGUGUGAAACAAAUCCACAUCCCCAAGGGUUGGAUACACACAGGGGACGAUGACAGUAACGCCGUCACCCCUGACUAUGACUACGCCCUCCUAGAGUUGAAACGGCCAAUCAAACAGAAGCACAUGGAGCUGGGGGUGGCGCCCGCUGCAAAGCCCCUCCCCUUGGGUCGCAUCCACUUCUCAGGGUUUGACAAUGAGCCAGAGGGAGGACAAACGGAGGGAGAGAAAGAAAAGGUGGUCUAUCGCUUCUGUUCAGUGACGGAGGAGUCAGACGACCUGUUGUAUCAGCACUGUGACGCCCAGCAGGGGGCGUCAGGUGCUGGCGUAUACAUCCGGCUCAGACAGGAAGUGGAGGGGUCCAAUAAGAGGAAGUGGCAGCGGAAGGUGAUUGGAGUGUUCUCAGGGCACCGCUGGGUGGAAGGGGACCGGGGUGAAAAGAGGGAUUAUAAUGUGGCGGUGAGGAUCACUCCACCUAAAUACGCACAGAUCUGCCACUGGAUCCAUGGGGAUCCCAGCAUGUGUACGAAGGCCUGAGAAGUCAGGGAUAUGCUGGAUCUGUCAGACUGAGGAAGAAACACAUGUUCAUCUAGCACUUUUCACUGAGACCUCAAAGUGCUGAAAUGGUGGUCAACGAACUAUCAAAUGGCCAGCACAGACAGAUCAGAUGGAAUAGGAUUUUGGAAUAUGGGAUGAUUUUCAUGCUCCAGUCAAUCAAACAGAUUCCUAUCCAGAAUGCCAAAAAAUGAUUUUGAGGUCUCAAAAUUCUAUGGUGCUCUCCAUACACUAACAGGUUUUUCAGUCUUAUAUGCCUUGAUGUGUUGCUUCCAAGAAAUGCCCAUUGUGCACGUAAUUACGGGGGGGCUAAGAUGAAUUCCAUUGGUGCUCAUUUUUACCAUCUCUGCAUGAUUCAUAGUUUUGCUAUCUGGAUUAAAUGUAAACGUGUUUUCUUGAGUAUUUCCUAAAUAUAAAUGUAGCUUGUUAAAAAUCAUUUUGUAUUUCUUUAUAUAAAAGCCUACCAUUGAAUACGAAAGAAAAUGUGUGAUGGACUGAACAUGGAGCAUGAAUGACAACAGUGAAGACAUCAGCGUAUUUGAAUUUUAUUGCAUCUCAAUGGGACUCACAUGCAAGUGGGGGACAGGAGAGGAGUGAUGCCAUCCAAGAACCAAACAACACCGCCUUCAACCAAAUAUAUAGCAAACAUUGUUAUCCACAUUAUUCUAUAUGAUACAUGUUCUGUAUCUUUUUCUUUCUCAACACAUUAAGAUAGUCACUUUGGAAGAGAAACAACACAUGGAACAUCCAGUGUAUAUAUGAAACCUUUACAGCCAAUUAGUUCGCAACACCCCUGGAGUGUUGCUACAGGGGACGAUACAACCGUACUGAUCACUGCAUCACAAUGACCUUGUGGAAGUGCCCCAAUAAUGUUUACAAACAUUUCCUUGUCUCAUUCACUCCAUGACCACUGAUAGGUGUAAGGACUGCCUUUCAUCUAUCGAUUCAAUUCAGAUAAUUGGCCGUUAAGGAAAGGAGACAAGUAUAUUUUGAUUUUUUAAAGUAUUUGGAUGAUCAACUUCACUUGACAUGCUUAAAUGCAGUACCACUUCACACCACCAGGGAGUGCAACAGUAAACACUGGGACUGAGUUUGCAUUCAAUACUGCCUUCAAAUACAGAUAGGGAGAUACUGUACAAGGGAAAGGAUCUUUUUUGAAUCUUCUUACAUUUUUUUCAAUCUUACAAUUCAUAGACAUAAUUAAAAUAUACGAUACAUUUUCUCUCAAAAUAAAGAUUAAAGAAAUAUAUGUAUAAUCUAUCAUUUAAAAUAUUCAAAAACGCAUAUGUCAAUUUGAACAUAGUCAACAAAUGUUGCAUGUAACACACAAUUUUAAAAAACGGACAAAAUAAAAACAAAUAUGAAUUGAAUGGAAAA